UUCAUUGGCUCGCAUGUUCGGAUGGCAUUUCAGGGGCUCGGCAGCGGAGCGGAUCAUUUCUUGGCCGAGCCAUACGGCACAGCAGCCAAUCUUAUCGACCACCGAUCCUGCCUAGUGGCUAAGGGGGCCAAAAGAACAAGGAAGGUCUUCCGACUUAAUUCCGACAGAGACAAAUUUCUCUCAUCCAAAGCUAGCAGUCACCAGCACAAGCCAGGGAGGACUGCACCACAGAGCUCAUGAAAAAGACACUCAGACGAUUACCCCGACUUUCCCCAGAUUCAAUACGCUUUAAAAUACACGGAUACAGGUUCCAAGGAGCCAGAUCCAGCUAGAGCGCUCAAUUGGCGCAUCCUGUGGAUUUUAAUAACCUUGCUUUUUGCGCCGCCGCCGUCGGCCAAUUGACCCAUUUUUCAGUCUUUAAGCAGCCACCAAAACUUCUUUCUUGUCAGUAUUGGAACCCACAGUCUUCUACCUAAGUUGAAGCCACCCGGUUGAGCUUGACACCUUGGAGAGUCUGGAAACGUCAGGAUGGCGGAUCUCUCGACAGCGAAGGAGGUGGUGAAAGAGGCCCUCCUCGGCACAGAAGUCCACGCCCAAUUAUCGGCGCAGUCCAAGGACAUAUUUGACAAAAACGCGAAGAAGGAUGAGAGUACUGGCGAGCUGUACAUGGGCGAGGAGGAGUUCAUUAACGCGGUUGCGCCGCCGAAGGAGGAUUACCAUAAGAUCAAACGCGAACAAUAUGCCAUUCUAUUCAAAGUCGCUGACAGGAAGAAUACGGGCAAGAUCAACCUCCUUGACUGGGGGACUUUCGAGAACCUCCUCGCAAAACCAGACGCCGAGUACGAAAUUGCCUUCCGGUUAUUCGAUGUCGACCAGACCGGAACCGUCAAGUAUGAUGACUUGAAGAAGCUGUACGAGAUGAACAAGGGACCGGAUAGCAUACCGUUUGACUGGAAUUGCGAAUGGGCGACUCUUUACAGUGGAGGGAAGAAGCGACGACAUGAUCUUACAUAUCCCCAAUUCUCACAGAUGCUUCGAGGGCUACAAGGAGAGAGGAUACGACAAGCCUUCCACUACUUCGAUAAGGACGGAGACGGAUAUAUAGAACCUGAGCAGUUCCAACGCAUCAUCCUCCAAACGUCGCGACACAAGCUUUCAGAUCAUCUCUUGGAGAACCUCCACACACUCUGCAACAUCUCGACCGGCAGCAAGAUAUCGUACGCCAAUGUUCGUGCUUUCCAGAACAUUAUCAGGGAGAUGGACCUCGUGGAGAUGAUCAUUCGACAAGCCACGGCGCAAAGUACAGAUGGCAAGAUCACACGUACGGAGUUCCUCAAUGAAGCCGCGCGCAUAACUCGUUUCUCCCUCUUUACUCCGAUGGAGGCAGACAUCCUUUUCCACUUUGCCAGUCUCGACGAGCCAUCUGGACGACUUGGCCUCUCCGAUUUUGCGAAGGUCCUCGACGCUUCAUGGCGUAACCCGCUCUACAACGCUUUCGCAGAGGCUGGAAGUGCGAAUGUGGCAAAAGUCAAGGCAGCCGGCCAAGGCUUCCUACACAACGUCUUGGAGUCAGCACAUCAUUUCGCUCUGGGUUCAUUGGCUGGUGCGUUUGGUGCGUUCAUGGUGUAUCCAAUUGAUCUGGUCAAAACCCGAAUGCAAAACCAGCGAUCAUCACGAGUAGGAGAGAUGUUGUAUAAAAAUUCUCUCGAUUGCGCCAAGAAGGUAAUCAAGAACGAGGGUUUCAAGGGCUUGUAUUCUGGUGUCUUGCCUCAACUUGUUGGUGUCGCUCCCGAAAAGGCUAUCAAGUUGACUGUCAACGAUCUCGUUCGAGGACAUUUCUCCGGCAAAGACGGAUCAAUUAGAAUUCCUCAUGAGAUUCUAGCCGGUGGAAGUGCAGGUGCAUGCCAAGUCAUCUUCACCAACCCCCUCGAAAUCGUCAAAAUCCGUCUCCAAGUCCAAGGCGAAGUCGCCAAGUCCGUCGAUGGCGCCCGCCGCCGCUCAGCAAUGUGGAUCGUCCGCAACCUCGGUCUCGUCGGCCUUUACAAAGGCGCCUCCGCCUGCCUCCUCCGCGAUGUCCCCUUCUCAGCCAUCUACUUCCCUACCUACAACCACCUCAAGCGCGACUACUUCGGCGAAUCACAGACCAAAUCUCUCGGUAUCCUGCAACUCCUCACCGCGGGAGCAAUAGCCGGCAUGCCUGCCGCCUAUCUCACUACUCCUUGCGAUGUCAUCAAAACCCGUCUCCAAGUCGAAGCCAGGAAGGGUGAAUCGUCAUACACGUCGCUCAGACAAUGUGCGCAAACUGUCUUCCGCGAGGAAGGAUUCAAAGCGUUCUUCAAAGGCGGACCAGCUCGUAUCCUGCGCUCGAGUCCUCAAUUCGGAUUCACGCUUGCCGGAUACGAAGUCCUGCAGGGCUUACUCCCUAUGCCUGGCUCGACGGCGAAAGAGGCGCCGCAUAUGGGCGUUGGGUCUGCGAGUUCGAGCGCGGCACUACAAGGCCAGGAAGGGCCUCUGAGUUAUUUAAGGAGUAGGAAUGCGUUGAAGAUUAUUCUGGAUUUGGAUGGGGAGUUUGGACGCCCUGGGGCUGGAUUGCCCGGGAAGGAGAAGUGGAAGAUGCUGCCGAAGAUUGUGGGAGGUGGUGGUGGGGUUGCGAAUUCGUAGGGACAGGCGUGAGGUCAAUUAGAACGAGAAGACUGCGAGUUGAGUCGAGUAGGAGGUGUGGUGGAGGUGGGAGAGGUUGUGAAGCAGACCCAGCGUUGGGUGGACAGCCGAGAUAUGUGGGCCGUUGACCGUUCGCAACCGGCAGUAUGGUGGCGGCAUCUGGAGUACAGUUGGAAUAAAGACAGAUCAGCUCGGAGAAAGGUAGACAGGCUGCAGAGUGGGAUCGUAUAUGCAUAGGACGGGCUUGUCACUAGGCAGGUAAUCUGGCGUUUUUCGGGUUCUGCUUAUUUUAUUUCUCCUAUUUUAGCCACUAGUACUUACGGCACUGUCCUUGCACCCGUGUGCAAAAGUAUGGGUACCCCUUCUUAUCUUCUGUAGCUAUUGUAGAGUAGAAUUGAGUAGAAUAUACGCACGCAUGGUAGGCUUGGUAGAGGAUAGGAUAAGAUGUUAGAGAUGGAACAGGAGUAAUGAACAUUUACUUACAACAACG